AUGAUCCGACGGUUCUGGGAAGUCGAAGAGGUUCCCAAUGCAGCCACCCUUUCGCCCGAGGAGCAGCAAUGCGAAGAUCAUUUUUCGUCCACCUACUCGAGAGACGAAACCGGACGAUUCGUAGUUCGAUUGCCGUUCAAAGCGAAUGCCGACCAGAUGGACAGCUGCCGAAACCUGGCAUUGAAACGCUUUUUCAUGCUAGAGAAUCGGUUGCAGCGCAAUCUCGAAUUGAAAACGCAAUAUCUGGACUUCAUGCGAGAGUACCAGCAGCUCGGCCAUUGCCGAGAAGUGGAUGUGGCCAAUGACAACCCGAAUCUGAAGCCAUAUUAUUUGCCGCAUCACGCGGUGCUACGCCCAGGCAGCUCAUCAACGAAGUGUCGCGUCGUCUUCGACGCUAGCGCUAAAUCCGCUCCGACGAACCCGUCCCUCAACGAAGCGCUACUGGUGGGUCCAGUAGUCCAAAGCGACAUCCUUUCGAUCAUGAUUCGAUUCCGUCAACAUCGAUACGUUUUCACGGCGGACAUAAAGAAAAUGUACCGUCAAAUAGUUGUCCACCCCGAGGACACACACAAGCAGCGCAUCUUUUGGAGGGAGCAUCCGACCGAACCGCUGAAGAUCCUGGAGUUACUAACCGUUACGUACGGUACGGCUUCAGCACCCUUCCAAGCAACCCGAAGCCUAACGCAACUUGCCAUCGACGAAGCUGAAGAAUUCCCUGUAGCAGCGCAAAUAAUCAAAUUCGACUGUUACGUUGACGACGUGCUCUCAGGGACUGCUACAAUCGACGAAGCCAUCGAAGCGCAGCGCCAGCUGAAGGAGAUGCUGGCCCGUGGUGAGUUUCCAAUUCACAAAUGGUGCUCCAACUCGCCUCAGCUCCUGGAACUCAUCCCAGACGACGAACGAGAAUCGCUGAAACCGCUUGCAGAUCGCCAUGUCAAUGAAGUGAUCAAAGUUCUCGGCCUGCUGUGGGAGCCGGCCACCGAUGAGCUUUUGAUUGCUGAGUGCUCCAAACCGACAGCAGAACAAGUCCAACAACCCGCUACAAAGAGGAUCAUCUAUUCGGAGGUAGCCAAACACUUCGACCCAUUAGGACUGUUUGCCCCAUCCAUUCUGUUGGCAAAGCUACUGGUACAACGCCUGUGGCAAUGCAAACUGGAUUGGGACGAACCUGUGGAUGAACGAACCCAAAUGGAAUGGAACGAACUCAGUGAUGCGCUACCAAACCUGCUGCAAAUCAAAAUCCCCCGCCAAGUCACGUUUCAUGGUGCAGUCUACUACGAGCUACAUGGAUUCGCAGAUGCAUCCAAUGUGGCGUAUGGAGCGUGUGUGUACAUCCAAAGCACACUGGAAGAUGGAACCAUCAAGUCACGGUUGCUGAUAAGCAAGACCAAAGUUGCCCCGCUUCAUCCACUCACGAUUCCGCGCAAGCAAUUGUGCGCCGCACUCUUGCUCGUCCGGCUGGUGUGCAAGGUACUACCAGCCCUCACCAUUCCGAUCCGACACGUAGUGUUGUACUCCGACAGCGAAAUCGUUCUCUCGUGGCUGAAGAAGCGCCCCUACCAGCUACAAACAUUCGUCUGCAACCGCAUCAACGAGAUCCAAACCAACUCAGAGGGGUACACAUGGAAAUACGUUCGCUCUCACCACAACCCGGCAGACAUCGUAUCUCGUGGGCUUAUGCCAUGCGAGCUAACCAUCAGUGAACUGUUUUGGACUGGUGGCGAGUAUAUCAACUCACCGGUCGCCGGUCCCGAUGUGCCGAAAGUGGUUUCCGACGACGAUCUACCGGAAUUGAAGGUCAACGUAGCAGCUAUGCCGGCGCUCAUUGAAGAGCCGCUGGAAACCUUCAAGACCUGCAGUUCUUUCCGUCGCCUUCAACGAAUAAUCGCAUGGGUAUUGCGGUUCUGGAACAACAUCCGAACUCCGAAAGCUGAUCGCAUCAUCAAUCGACAUCUCUCCGUGGUAGAACUUCGACGUUCGACGAUCGUCCUUGUAGAAGUGAUUCAGCACGUCGAACUUGGAGACGAGAUCCAGCGAGUAAAAACCAAGACGCCUUGCAAACGAAUUGGGAAUGUCAACCCGAUUCUCACCGACGAUGGCGUGCUAAGGGUCGGGGGUCGACUCAAGCACUCCAAACUGCCCAACGAAUCGAAGCACCAAUUGAUCCUGCCGAACGCGAGCCCGGUGACACUUUGCUUGAUCCGGGAAAUGCACCAAGAGCUUCUUCACGUUGGACCUGCUGGACUACUCUCUGCAAUCAGAUGA